ACUCGCACGCAUGCAGGAGGAAACAGCCAUUCCUGCCUCUGUAGAGAUCAUUCGGUGCCAUGAACAUUUCUAUCAGAGUAUUAAAACAGUUAACAUCUCAGUCAACGUUGAAAAGAACUUUCUAUAGACACCAUGGUGGGUAGCUGCUGUAGUUCUGUACAGGGUUUUAUAUUAGUGUUAUAUAGUGCGGUCCCGCCAGCAUUGCCCUGUGUGCAGGACAGCACAGCGAGGCUCUGCCCAGCACACAGCAGGCAAUGCCAGCGCACUAGAACUUUAUAUAGACACCAUGGUGGGUAGCUGCUGUAGUUCUGUACAGGGUUUUAUAUUAGUGUUGUAUAGUGUGGUCAAUGCCAGCAUCGCCCUGUGUACAGUACAGCACAGCGAGGCUCUGCCCAGCACACAGCAGGCAAUGCCAGCGCACUAGAUCAGCACUUUAUAUAGACACCAUGGUGGGUAGCUGCUGUAGUUCUGUACAGGGUUUUAUAUUAGUGUUGUAUAGUGUGGUCAAUGCCAGCAUCGCCCUGUGUACAGGACAGCACAGUAACAGUGCUUGUGUUUCAUUCUAUGCUCUUUCAGAAGUAAGAAUGUCGAAGCCAGCGGACAUUGAGAAGUUGGGAUCCGAUGCCUCACAGCGAGAGAGCAUGGACACAGAGAGGAAUGAUCCAGACCCUAAUCAUCAGGUGCAGUCUAUGAAAGCCAGCCCUUUCUCACUGUCCCCCACACUCUCCAGCACUAAGAUCAAGGCUGAGGACUCCAGCGAAAUGUCCCAGGCGCCCCCCCCUCCCCCCACCCAGCCCCCCCUCUCGCAAGCACACCUCCCCCAGGCGCAGCUCAUGCUGGCUGGGAGCCAGCUAGCCGGGUUGACGGCUCUCUUGCCCGCACAGCAGCAGCUCUUGUUGCAGCAGGCUCAAGCGCAGCUCCUGGCUGCAGCGGUGCAGCAGUCCAAUGCAGCCGCAGCCGCGCAUGCAGCCAAUCAGCAGCAGCAGCAGCAGCAAAACAGCAGCGAGCAGACAAGCAACCCUCCACCCCAACUCACCCUGUCUCAGCCAAUCCAGCUCACUGCCCAAGAUAUCCAGCAGUUGCUGCAGCUCCAGCAGCUGGUCCUGGUCCCUGGGCAUCCUCUGCAAUCACCUGCACAGUUCCUCCUGCCACAGGCACAGCAAGGACAGCAAGGCCUGCUAACGACACCAAAUCUAAUUCCACUACCUCAGCAAAACCAGGGGGGGCUCCUGUCCCCCCCUCCCAGACUCAGCCUCCCCACACAGCAGCACGCUCACAGCCAGGUCAGUAAGUGUGCGGAGAGCCAGUCCUCCUCCGGGGGCCACAAUGAGGAGCCCAGCGACCUGGAGGAGCUCGAGCAGUUCGCUCGCACCUUCAAACAGCGGCGCAUCAAACUGGGCUUCACUCAGGGUGAUGUGGGGCUGGCGAUGGGCAAGCUGUACGGGAACGACUUCAGCCAGACGACCAUCUCUCGCUUUGAAGCGCUGAACCUGAGCUUCAAGAACAUGUGCAAACUGAAACCACUGCUGGAGAAGUGGCUCAACGACGCAGAGACCAUGUCGAUGGACACCACUCUCCCGAGUCCCAAUCACCUCAGCAGCCCCCCGCUGUGUGGGUUCGAGGGGCUGCCCGGCCGUCGCAGGAAGAAGCGCACCAGCAUCGAGACCAACGUCCGCGUGGCCUUAGAGAGGGCCUUUAUAGCGAAUCAGAAGCCGACCUCCGAGGAGAUCCUGCUGAUGGCAGAGCAGCUCACGAUGGAGAAGGAGGUGAUCCGCGUGUGGUUCUGCAACCGGCGCCAGAAAGAGAAGCGCAUCAACCCAGCCAGCGCCACCCCUCCCCUCCCCAGCCAGCCAGCCACCCCGCACAAACCCCCCUGCUACAGCCCGCACAUGAUUUCCAGCCAUGGAUUGUCACAGGCUGUCAGCAGCCUCAGCACAACAGUGACUACAAUGUCUUCGGGUAUGGGCUCUUUAGCUCAGAGUGUGAUUAGCUCAGCCCCCUCUCCUGUGACUCCUCCCCCAAACAGCAACAACAGCACAAGCAUCAGCCCCCACAGCCACAACCCCCUGGGCCUGCCGGGCAUGAACCCCAACACAGGGAGCACAAUGUUGGGUGUCAAUGCAGGGAUAAACCAAGCCCUAAUGGCUAACAACCCCCUGGCCACCAUACAAGCCCUGGCAGCCACUGGUGGGCAGCUGUCUCUUUCCAGCCUUGACGGGAGUGCCAGCCUGGUCCUGAGCAGUGGCGCUGGCACAGCCGGCACUCAGAGCAUCGUCUCCUCUCCUCUGUUCCUGAACCAUGGCGGGCUGCCCCUCCUCGGCUCCAGCCCCGGCGUGGGAUUGAUGGCCGCAGCCGUGGCCGCCAAAGCCGCAGCCGCAUCACUUCCUGCCAUGAGCUCUGCCUCUUCCUGCUCCUCCACUUCCUCUGCCUCUUCCUCCAGCAGCGAGUCAGCACAGAGCCCGCCUAUUCUUGGAAUGGGAGGAGUCUCCGCCUCCGAAGGGGCGGGAGCUAAGGCGGAGUGAGCACGCCCCCCUCCUACUCCUCCUCCCCCCGUCGUUGGUUUCUUCAGAACUCCGCCCAUUUUCAUUUUCUACAGCAAAAAAAAACACCCAAAGAAUUUUUUUUUUUUUUUUUUUACUGUGUAUUGGUUAUCGGGGAUAGGGCCAGCCUGAAAGUGACUUCUCUUAAACUAGAUGGAACUCAAAGAAGGGGGCUGGCGACGUGCUGGUAAAAGAAAUGGAGAAUUUUCUGUUUCCGUAACGGAGAGGACUUUUAAAAGAAGACGAAAAAACCAAACACACACAAACAAAUGCCAAAAUUUCACACCAAAAAAAACAAAAAAAAACUAAACAAACAAAUAAUAGCUUUACCCAAAGGUUCUGUAUAUAGUCAUUUCUUUGUGUUUGCUAAAAAGAAAAGAAAAAAAACAGAGAAAGAAUUAUUUUUAUUUUGUGUUUAUGUUAUUAUAAAUAUUGUUUCUUUAUUUUUUGGGUUAUUAUUAUUAUUAUUAUUAUUAUUAUUAUUAUUAUUAUUAUUAUGUUUUUAAUAUAUAUUUUGAUAUAAGUCGAGGUUCAACCUCUUAUUUUUUUACAUCGAUUUGUCAUUCUUUGUUUUUUUGUUUUUGUGUUUUUUAAAGUUUAAAAAAACAAAUGACAAGAAAAUAUAUUUUAUAUUUAUUUGCCUUUUAAUUUGUGUUUAUAUAUAUAUAUAUAUAUAUAUAUAUAUAUAUAUAUAUAUAUAUAUAUAUAUAUGAAAAAUGUCUUCUUACUUAUUUUUUGGUUCUUUUUAUUAUUUCAUACAUAUCCCAAACAAACACAGAAGACCUCGUUGUAUUAAUUUUCUGCUCCUGUUGCUACUUUAAAUAGUGCCUGUCGCUUCGGGAUUAAAAAAAAAAAAAAAAAAAGAAGAUGAAGAAAAAACCAACCCAACCCAUCUCAAGACAGGAGAAUACAAACCAAAAGAAAAAACCAAACCAACCCAUCUCAAGACAGGAGAAUACAAACCAAAAGAAAAAAAAACAAACCAACCCAUCUCAAGACAGGAGAAUACAAACCAAAAGAAAAAAAAAAAAAACCAACCCA